AUGAAGGCGUUCUGCAGUGCUCUGCUGGCUCUGUGCUGGGCUUUCAGGGUCGGGGAAUCUCGAGAGAGCCUCCCGAUGCAGAGCCUGCGCUGCUACAAUGACUUCACCUCCCGGACGACCUGCACAUGGCAGGAGUGCACAGCGGCACGUCGCUUCAUCCAGGUGACUCUUCACCAUGAGGACAAUUCAGACAAAUCCUCCUCACCCUCAUGUGAGCCUCAGGGAGCCGAGGAGUUGCCGAUCUGCCAGGACUCCUGUGUCUGCUGGAGCUGCCACAGGAACAGCACCACGUUUGCUAUUGGGCGGCGCGACAGUUACACUUUCAAACCCGAUCGGUUGCUGCAGGCUGAGCUGAAUGUCAGCCUCCUCCAGGUCCAGACCCUCCCACCUCAGAAGCGUUGGAUCAAUGUCACAGAAGCAGCCUGGGAAGCAGCUGGAGGGAGAAAGAGAAGACACCGGCUGCCCAAUGAACUGGAGCUUGACAUGACCUACAAGCAAGAGUGGGAAUCCUGGGAGAAAUCUUCCUCGCUGUCAGUCGCAAAAUCCUCCCAUUGCCUGCUGAGUUGUGAUGCCCUUGUGCCAGGCAGCACCUAUGAAGCUCGUGUGCGAUCCAAGCCGAGCCGGGGCGCUGGUUGGUCUGGGCAGUCCGGCGAAUGGAGCACUGCCGUGUCCUGGAAGUCCCAGGAAGGGGAUGAGGCUCAGCCCAAGAACCUUAGCUGCCUCUUCAAUGGGGUUGAUCGGCUAAUGUGCAGCUGGGAAGUGAGGAGAGAGGUCACCAGCUCUGUCUUGUUCACGCUCUUCUACAGAACCCCACCAGCAUCAGAGGAGACAGAAUGCUCUCCAGUCCAUGAGGAGGAAUUGCCUGGCAGCCACUACCUGCUCCACAGCUGUGAGAUCAAUGUCACCAACCCCAGCAGGCUGAGCCAGUACCUCAUAACUGUCCGGCCCAAGGAGGAGGAGAAACUGAUUCAAGCCUACAAAAACAUCAAGCCGCUUGCGCCUGUCAAUGUGACAAUGACAAAGAUGAAAGACCAGGAGUAUGAGCUGAGAUGGACAAAACAGAUCCUAAGCCAUGACCACAUAGGCCAGAGAUAUGAAUUCUUGUAUUGGAAGACUGGUGACUCUUUGGAGAAUGCCCAGAUUGUAAACAUCAUCAAUGACAAGCCUCCCCGCAUCUUCACCCUGCAGAUGCUGGAGUCCUCCACACACUAUAGGGGGAAAAUGCGGGCGAGGGUGCACUCGAAUGGCUACAAGGGGCCCUGGAGCGAGUGGAGUGAGGAGUGCACCUGGGAAACUGAGAGUGUCUGGUCACCACUGAUUCUCCCACUGCUGGUCCCAGCCUUCACCAUCAUGCUGAUAGCAUUUGGCUGGUGUGGUUAUAGAGGCUUACUCAGCAAGAAGAAAAAAUGGGAGGAAAAGAUUCCAAAUCCCGGCAAGAGCCAGCUGCUCCAGAGCUACCUCCAGAAAGGACCACUCGGGAUUCCGCUGCCGAGCAGCCAGCUGGACUUUGGCAAGCAGAGCCCUUCCGAGAAGACGGACCUGGCCAGCUGCAUCCAAGUGCUGCAUGGACCAAUGAAAGUUAGUUCAGCAGAGCUCCCUGCAGCCGUGGCCGAUAGGAGGAUGUGCGUCCUUGGUGCACCAGACCCAGAAAACCCAUGUCCGAUUCUUGAAAUGACAACUCCAGCUCCACAUCCUGCAGCCCUGGCUGGCUGCCAUUCAAGUCAGGGCACCAGUCAGUCCCUGUCGCCAGCCACACUCCCCUGGAGGAGCAGUGCUAAGGCCACUGCUUCUCAGGCACCCAUGUCCUGCUUUGACUUUAAUGGUCCAUACUUGCACUUCCCCCAUGGGUGCUCCCUGCCUGACGUUCAUCAGGAUCAGGAAACUGCCCCACCCCAGGGGGCCCCUUCCCAGACCCUGCUGGUGGGGGAAGAGAGAGGAGCAACUCAGCUCCACCCCAUCUCACUUCCUGCUCAGAAAGAGAUGAAGCAGCCCCUUGCUGGAAGGCAAGAAGGGCCACAAGGCCAGCCAGCAGGUGGGGAAGUGGCGCAAGAGGACACCGAAGAUCAAAGGUCACCGAUUGCUGCCAUCUUAAACAACUCCUGUCAGAAAUUGUCAGUGGGAUACGUCACCACGGAAGGUCUGUCACUGAUGCCAGCAAGAGACUCUGCCCAUCUGUCCCCUGCACUGGCCCCGCCGGAGGGGAUGCUCACUGCUGCUGCCAUGUUGUCAUCCAACCCAUGA